AUGGUGGCCGUUCCCAGCUCGGGAGCGCACAUCUUCGUGACGCCCACCCGAGAGCCGCCGAUGCCCACGGCCAUGCAGCGGGGGGAUCCCCUGCGAUCACCAAGAGAAAUCAUGGCCGUGCCAUCCGUCGCAUCGCCGGGUUCAGUCAGUGACUUUGGGCAGUUGAUCCAAGCAUCCACAGAUGAGGCACACAACAAGGUCCUUCCAUCGGACUUCCCGCCCUUGUUUCCCAUGCCGAAGCUCUCCGUUCCAGCCAUCCCCUGGGCCUUGCCAGUGCUGCCCUUUCCAUCGCAUCAGCACCCCACCCCGGCGGUGACGGUGGCACCCUUGGCACCGUUGGCACCGUUGGCAGCGGCUCCUCCAGUGGUUCCCUAUGUGAGACACGGAGGCCCUGCCACCUUCGUGCUGCCCGCCACCGCGCGUUGGCACCGCAGUCACACCGCGAGCGUCGCGAUGCCCACGGUGCUGGCGGUGCCAGGAUCAGAGAGAGGUGAUGGCGUCCCUGCCUCCGAGGGACGAUCGGAGGAGUUGGAGAGGCUCGAACAGGUCAGUCGUUCUUCGUUCCGCUCUUCGUGGAUACCUUCACCUGCCAGGAAGAUUCCGACGGUCCUGGGCCGAGAGCAGACGGCAUGCUCCGAGAUAGGAUCGCAGAGGAGUAGCCGACAGCAGCCAGCGCGGCAUCCUGCUGCUCUGUGGCUUUCUGCGCCGACGCCAGCGCCAGCGGCGCCGACGCGAGUGCCAUCGAUGGAUGGAAGAAGUAUUGAUGACUUGAAGUAUGAGCUCAAGAAGCGAGGAUUGGACGCCCUGUUCUGCUUCUCACAGGAAGAUCUGCUGCAACGCUUGGCCACGACUGAGCCGCCUGCGGCGGAACCCACCGCGGUGCACGCAGUGCACGCGUGGCUUUUCGAGUCUGCUUUAAGCUUCAAACCGGGCCUCACCUCGAAAGAUGUUGAUACACCAGGCAUCCAAGGGCGGCACUUCGCCGCGACACCAUCGGUGGCUGGGAUGGACUUCGACAGUUAUCCGUUGACCGGGAGAGAUGCGUCAGAGGUCGGCGGUGGCACAAAACCCUUGCGACAUCUGGAAGAACAGUUGCAGGAGCUGGAGACCUUGCUACGUAGCGGCGCAGCGGGAGACCCUGCGCCGGCGACAGCGACGGAGGAGGAGAUGGAGGACUCGUUUAGCGAAGUUUCGAGCGAUGAUGAGACCGGUCAGCUGGAUCUUUGUCUUGGCAAAGGUUCCCAGAAUGUCUCCCUACAGCUCCGCGCAGCAGUUGGUGGAGGCACCUGCGCUCGGCUCUGGACGGGCGGCAUUCUCCUGGCGGAAUGGUUGCUGCACGCUACAAAGGAUGGUUUGCGGCUGAAAGGCAAGCAGGUGUUGGAGCUGGGUGCCGGUGCUGCCGCCCUGCCAUCCAUCGUGGCAGCCCGGUACGGCGGGGCGAAGAACGUCCUCGCCACGGACGGGCUGGAGGAGGUGGUGGAACAGAUGAGGCAGAACGUGGCACAGAACGCCCCCUUGGUGCAGUGCUCUUUGCUGCCGUGGCUCACAGCAGGGCGGCGAAGAUAUCCCAAGAAGGAGCAAUUUGACAUCGUGCUUUUUGCGGAUGGAAUCUACACGGAACGCGGAGCGUUGCUCUUGGCAGAUGCCGUGACGGCCCUAUUGAGACCCAAAGGGCUGCUCAUUGGCGCCUUGCCCGACCUGCGCGCCGGAAUCGCAUCCUUCGAGGAAGAUCUACAAAUGCGUGGUAUGGUCGCUGCGCAAGUUACCUUGAAGAAGGAGGUGAUUGAAGCGGCUUCCAGACCGUACGAUGAGGAUCCCUAUGGCUUGGUGGCUGGGGGUUCCGCGAAGGAGUACCGUGUGAUGCUCUGGCGCUAUGCUCAGCAGGUCCGGCUCUGCUGGUGGCAGCGCAAGUCAGGUUGGUAA